AUGAUGGGAAUUAGGCUCGGAGGACGGGACGGCUUCAUCAGGACGGCUUCAUCAGGACGGGACGGCUUCAUCAGGACGGCCUCAUCAGGACGGGACGGCUUCAUCAGGACGGCCUCAUCAGGACGGCCUCAUCAGGACGGCUUCAUCAGGACGGGACGGCUUCAUCAGGACGGGACGGCUUCAUCAGGACGGGACGGCUUCAUCAGGACGGGACGGCUUCAUCAGGACGGCUUCAUCAGGACGGCUUCAUCAGGACGGCUUCAUCAGGACGGCUUCAUCAGGACGGCUUCAUCAGGACGGGACGGCUUCAUCAGGACGGCUUCAUCAGGACGGCUUCAUCAGGACGGCUUCAUCAGGACGGCUUCAUCAGGACGGCUUCAUCAGGACGGGACGGCUUCAUCAGGACGGCCUCAUCAGGACGGCCUCAUCAGGACGGCCUCAUCAGGACGGCCUCAUCAGGACGGCUUCAUCAGGACGGGACGGCUUCAUCAGGACGGGACGGCUUCAUCAGGACGGGACGGCUUCAUCAGGACGGCCUCAUCAGGACGACCUCAUCAGGACGGGACGGCUUCAUCAGGACGGGACGGCUUCAUCAGGACGGCUUCAUCAGGACGGCUUCAUCAGGACGGCUUCAUCAGGACGGGACGGCUUCAUCAGGACGGCCUCAUCAGGACGGCUUCAUCAGGACGGGACGGCUUCAUCAGGACGGCUUCAUCAGGACGGGACGGCUUCAUCAGGACGGCUUCAUCAGGACGGCUUCAUCAGGACGGGACGGCUUCAUCAGGACGGCCUCAUCAGGACGGCCUCAUCAGGACGGCUUCAUCAGGACGGGACGGCUUCAUCAGGACGGCCUCAUCAGGACGGCUUCAUCAGGACGGGACGGCUUCAUCAGGACGGCUUCAUCAGGACGGGACGGCUUCAUCAGGACGGCCUCAUCAGGACGACCUCAUCAGGACGGGACGGCUUCAUCAGGACGGGACGGCUUCAUCAGGACGGCUUCAUCAGGACGGCUUCAUCAGGACGGCUUCAUCAGGACGGCUUCAUCAGGACGGCCUCAUCAGGACGCUUCAUCAGGACGGCUUCAUCAGGACGGCUUCAUCAGGACGGGACGGCUUCAUCAGGACGGGACGGCUUCAUCAGGACGGGACGGCUUCAUCAGGACGGCCUCAUCAGGACGGCCUCAUCAGGACGGCCUCAUCAGGACGGGACGGCUUCAUCAGGACCUUAAUUGAGUUUGUGGUCUUGAGCAGUUAA